AGCAAUAGUUCUUUGGUGUCAGUCAGUAGCUUAACAAUUAUUGUCUUAGCUUCAGAACUUGUGUGUGUUAGCCUGGCAAAGUUUCUGGAGUUAAUAAACUAUAUAGAUUAAUUUGCCUACGACGUACAGUUCUGUUAUGGAACUGGACAAAAUGGACGAGAACGACUGGAAAUACCACGGAGAGGGCAACAAAAGCCUAGUGGUUUCUAAUGUCCAGCACGCCAGAGUCCUUCGGCUCCUGAAGUAUUCUACAGAAGAUGCCGAAAACUCGCAUAAGACAACAGAACAAGCUUUUCGCCACAUACAGAACAUAGUUGACUAUAGUCAAAAUGUCAUGAAGCCACUGCUGGGGGAGAAAUUCGUCCACAACGGAGAGGCUGUGAAGCUCCCCCUGGACUUUGUCCGACAGCUGUCAUUGAAGGUUCAGCAGGAAAGGCCAGAGUCUCGCUGUGACAAAGUGAUGGAUACGUUGAGUGGAUGUGCCUUGUGUCUGCCUAACCUCACCCAGCUCUCCUCCUGCUGCUGCUGCAGAGAACACAGACCUCCUCUCUGUAUAGAGAUUAAGCCCAAAUGUGGAUUUCUGCCGUCCUCUAGACACGUUACGAAGGAAAUCAAGAAUCAGGUGUGCCGCUUCUGCAUGCAUCAACAUUUUAAGUUGGCCCAUGGAAAGUGGAAACGGCUGAGCCGGUACUGUCCCUUAGACCUGUUCUCGGGGAACAAACAGAGAAUGUCCCUAGCCAUCAAGCACUUGAUAGAGGAACCUCAAAACAACUUUAAAAUCUUCAAGGGUGGAGAGUGUAUCUACAGCUGUAAGGAUGAUGCCGACGUGUUGCAGGACCUGGAUGAAUUGGCUCAGCAUCUACGGCCAUACUUCCUCCCUAGUGGCAGCCUUAUGAACGGACACCAGUCCAGUAAGGUGGUUCUGAAUGAGUUGAUCCAGGUGAUUGUGAGUGCCCUGUUGAGCUCCUGGGACCCCAGGAAGACUCACCUGUCUGAGGGCAGAGUGAGGUGUGAGGCCAGCCUCCUGCACCGGGACCUGCUACGCAACACUAACCACUGCCUACCCAAAGAUUGUGUCCUGGACAAAAUUCUGGGGACUCAGAUGUUGGAUAAUUUAGACAUCGAGGGGUUAAACCCCCUGUUUAAACGAGUGGAGCGGCAUCUACAGGACUUUCCUAAAGAAAGAAGUAGCCUUCAGAUCGACGGACCGUACAGCCACAGCUUCCUGGAGAAGAUCCAGAAGUGUCCGACUGAAGACGACGGCUCUAUCGAGUACGCCGUCGGAAAGGUCCACCAGUACAGAGUUGCCAUGACAGCCAAGGACUGCUCUAUCAUGAUCACCAUAGCAACCUGUGGGGAGGAGGACGGGUUGGACCAGAGCCUGGAGAUCCAGCCUUCGAAGCCUCGCUUCACCUACUCCGUGUCCAUCCUAGACCUGGACCCUAAACCCUACGAGAGCAUCCCUCACCAGAGCAGACUGGACUCCAAGAUAGUCAACCACUACUUGAGAAGCACCCUGCCCAACAACCAGGAACUAGCCAAUCAGAGUGUCUUCCUGGGCUGGGACAGAGAAGGAGAGGACUGUACUCUGGUGUUCCAUCCUGUAUAACCACUCCCUCUGCUGUCUGGCCUUCCCGCUUGGUGUUACCUACACUCUCCCUCCCCCGUACCCUAACCACCUCCCUCCCCCGUACCCUAACCCCCUCUACUAUCUCCAGACUGAACGCUGCUGUGGAACUGAUAGAGCAAAAUUGAAUGAACUGAACUGGGAAAAAUCCUUUAAAAAAAAAAAACUAAAAAGAUUUGCCAUAUUAUAUAACCUGAGUUUAGGAAACGGGAGUGCUGUGUCCCUAAUAGCUCCCUAUGGGCCUUGGUCAAAGGUAGUGCACUAUAUAGGUAACAGGGUGCCAUUUGGGGAGCUAGGGUGGCACAUAUGACCCCGGGGUCUUCUGAAGCGCAGGAAGUGACGUCUUAUGGUGCGAGGCUCUGAGAGACCAGGGAUACAAUCAAGAGUUUCUUUGGAUUCCCAGGCUCGUCUCCCCCAGCCUCCAUCUCCUCUCGCCCAGCCUCCAUCUCC